AUGAAGGUUCAGUAUUUGUGGUAAUCGGCGGUAUGGAAAGAUUAUGUUAUAAUUUUUUACGUAAGGGGGGAAUUUUAUUUCUGCACAACAUUUUUCGGAACAUCAUACGCUGAAAAAACCUGUUCCAUUGAAAUAUAAUGGGUCUAUUUCCACCUGGCAUAGUACAGAAAGUGUAUUGAUCGAUUACACAAUUUCGAAGGUGAUUUAAUCUCAAAGAAGGUUGAAAGGAUUCGUAACUUUUACGCGAAUAAGGUACAUUAUGUGCGGUCCUCUUGAAUGAAAGUCAAGAGCCUUGGGUGAGAUAGAGGAGGUGUGAUUAUUCUGGGUUGUGGUCAUCACGUCCUUGAACCGAGAUCUGGUUGUUACAUUUGGUUAGUGUUGCGUAAAUUAUACGUACGCGGAAGGUGGAUACCUAGUCCUGGUGGGGAUUUAAAUAUUUAGUAUAAAAGUUAUCGGCACAUCGGAGAUCAACAUCAUAUCUUCAUCGAUUCUCCUCCCAUCAAUAUGAAGAUUUUCGUAGUUCUGUGUCUAGUGGUAGGAGCCUUUGGAAGUUUGGAGCCAGCUGGUUAUAGGCCUCCUUCAAAUCGUUACAUUCCUGUCAAUAAAAAAAACAGUGCGGUACCUUCUCAAAGAUCUCAAUAUCUUCCACCUGUCGAACAUGCUUCUUCUAACCAAUAUUAUUCUCCAACAUCGUCCUUCGGUGCUUCUGAGCAAAAUGUAGACAAUCAAUAUCUUCCGCCCUACAAUACUCAACAGAACUCAAACCAAGGAUCUUCCAGGAACUACUUAGCUCCUGUUAUUGAUCGUGUCUCUUCUAAUCAAUACAAUUCUCAAGACUCGUCAUAUGGUGAUUCUCAGGGGAAUGUGGACAAUCAGUAUCUUGCGCCCUUUAAUUCUCAACAGAACUUGAACCAAGGACCUGGAAGGAACUACUUAGCUCCUGCUAUUGAUCGCGCCUCUCCUAAUCAGUAUAAUUAUCACGCUUCGACAUCUGGUGCUUCUCAAAGAAAUUUGGACAAUCAAUAUCUUGAGCCCUUUAAUUCUCAACAGAACUUGAACCAAGGACCUGGAAGGAACUAUUUAGCUCCUGCUAUCGACCGUGCCUCUUAUAAUCAAUACAAGCCUUAUUAUUCGUCAGUUUCCAGUUCUUCCUCCUCAUCCUCCUAUCCAUCAUAUCAGUAUUUUCCCUCAUCUUCUCACACUUCUUUCACUUCACCUUCAUCGGCUUACCCUUCUCUGGCAAAUCCUUAUUCUCCUCCUUCCACUUCUUAUGGAGUUCCUUCGCAAGGAUUCAACAAAAUCGCUGCCAGUAGUCCCUCUUCUCAAUAUCUUUCGCCAAAUGUUAAUCAAGACUACUCAAGUGGACGCAACUAUCAAGAAGAGUGGAAGCCAGCAAAUCACGAUUUCGAGUACCAAGUAAACGAUGGAUACGGAAACAAUUUCGGUCACAAGGAGAACCAUCAGGGCGAGACGACUUAUGGAAUUUACAACGUACUUUUGCCUGAUGGGCGUAAGCAGAUUGUUGAAUACGAAGCAGACGAACACGGGUUUAGACCCAGAAUCUCAUACGAAGAGAUUGGAAAUGGAUUCAAUGCUAAAAACCAAAACUCAGAGGGACCUUACUAAAGCUUAAAGAAACUUGUGAAAUAUCUUGUAAGAAGCAACAUUACAUAAAAUAAGAAGUGUUAUUUUAACGCC